UUUCUUUUUUAACCACAGUGAGGGGAGGGGAGACGCUAGAAGUUGGACAAGAAGGAUUCCAGGGCUCUAACUUUCCCCUUCCCCCGUUUCACAGGACUAAGGGGAAAGUUUUGAAGAGCAAAAAAGUGGAUUGCACCAACUUAAAAAAAAAAGAAAGAAGAGAAAAGAAAAAGAAAGCAAAAAACGGUUUUAAAUUUAGGACGCAUUCGGUUUUUCUCUGGAUUAAUGCUUUUAUUUAGUGGAUUUAUCGAUUGCUUAUAGGUAGGAGUUAAAGGAGGGAGCCAUGAGGAUCAUCUUGUGCUUCGUUGUGCUGCUGACCAUCUGGUCAGGUCGUGGAGUUCGGCUGGAGACGGCUGAAGGUGUGCAGUGUCCAUCUAUGCAGGUUGAAGACUGGAGGUUUUCUCAGACAGCCAGACACAACAUCACAGGUUUCAAUCUGGUGCGGCGCUUUUCCCUGAUGAAGAACAGUGAUGUGAAGAAGAUACGUAACCCGCGGGGGCCUGUCAUCCUACGCCUGGGAAAAGUUCGGCUCAUCCAGCCCACUGAUCAAGUGUUUCCACAUGGGCUGCCUGAGGAGUUCACGCUGGUCUUCACCCUGCUGCUGAAGGCCAAGGCUCUGAAGGAUAACGUCUACCUUUUCCAAAUAUCUGACGGCCAAGGGUACCCACAGCUCUCGCUGGACCUGAACGGGCCAGAGGGCACUUUGGCACUGCGGACAUCCUCUGCAGGUCAGGAUGCCUCCACAACAGGGUGUGUGUUCAGCGGAGAAGGAGUGGAGUCUCUGAAGGACCAGCGCUGGCACAAAGUAGCUCUGAGCGUGCAGCAGAACGCCGCAUCGCUUCACGUAGAUUGCAGCUCGAUCGAGACGAAGCCACUGGAACCUCGGGGCCGGGUCCCGAUUACCGGACACACGCUGAUGUUCAUGAAAGCCAGCAAUGCCGCUCCCGUCGAGAUGGACAUUCAGCAGGCGGUGGUGUAUUGCGAUCCAUCUUUGGCCAUCCAGGAAGCUUGCUGUGAAAUUCCGGGAGCUCGGUGCCCUCCAGAUGCCCCAAAGAGUCGGCGAGCAGCGGAGAACCUGGUGGAGAUUCUGCCCAACAUUUUUAGCCAGCCAAUCCAUGGAUCCAAAGACUUAGCGGAAAAAUGUGCAGGCUGUGUGUUGAUCACUGAGGAUCAAAAUCUCGUCCAGGAAGGGGACGCGGGUCAACGUGGCCUGAAAGGAGAAAAAGGAGAGCGGGGUCUGGACUGCACCGGAGGAGGAGUUCCCGGACGAUGUCCAGAAGGAACGAAAGGGGAAAAAGGAGAGAAAGGAGAAUCGGGUCUGUCUGGAAAUUGGGAAGCGGCUGUAGGAAUUAAGGGUAACAAAGGCGAGAAGGGUGAAAUCGGAUCCCCAGGUGUGACUGGAAAUCCAGGCAAAGAUGGCCGCGCUGGAUCUAUUUGCGUUAUGGGUCCUAAAGGCCAGAAGGGAAACACAGGGCCUGUUGGUCCAGAGGGGCUUGCAGGAGAACCAGGCCUACCAGGACCUCCCGGACCUCCAGGCAUUGGCAAACCAGGAAAAUCUGGAAGCCCAGGCUUGCCAGGAUUAAACGGAGACAAAGGGGAUUCUGGGAUACCUGGGAAGGACGGGAUGACAGGCGAUCCUGGUCCGAGAGGUCCGGCUGGCUCCAAAGGUGAAAAGGGUGAAGCCUGCGAAGUUUGUCCGGUGCUGCCGAAGGAUUUAACCGGAGCCACGAUCGUUCAAGGGAAGCCAGGUCCUAAAGGAGAACCCGGAGAACCAGGCAAAGGAGAACCAGGUUUGAAUGGCGAGUCAGGGAAAGAUGGAAAAGCAGGAGAAAAGGGAGAACGAGGCCUAGAGGGGGCCAAAGGCGAGAAGGGUGAGUCGUGUGCAAUGUGCCCCUCGAAUGCCGGUAUUCUCUCUCAGAAACUGGAGACGAAAGGAGAGAAAGGCGAGCCAGGGACUGGACAGAAGGGAGACAAGGGAGAACCAGGGGAAGUUGGCCUGACUGGACGCCAAGGGCCGAAGGGCGAUGCAGGAGUCAAAGGCAGCGAGGGCAAAAUUGGCAAGCCUGGUCUAAGAGGUCCGAGCAGCAAGGAUGGCCAAAAAGGAGACAAGGGAGAUACGGGACAUUCUGGUUCACAAGGGAUCAAAGGCGAAAAGGGAGACUCGUGUGGUGUUUGCUCAACCUCUCCGUCCGAAGCAAAAGGAGGCAAGAUCUUAGUCAAGGUGCCAGGAGAGUCCGAGGGACCUCAAGGACUGAAAGGAGAUAAAGGCGAUCAGGGUUUACAGGGAGAGCAAGGGCUCUCUGGAUUGCCGGGAUUCCCGGGAUCACCAGGAGAACCAGGAAAACACGGCGUCAAAGGACAGAAGGGCGACGCCUGUGACAGCUGUCCGACACUUCCUGUGGAUAACGGGGAUGUCGUGGGCUUACCUGGACCCAAGGGAGAGAAAGGAGACGCGGGCGAACCCGGCGUUGGGAAAGCCGGAAAAAAGGGUGACCAAGGCCCGAAAGGUUCUUCUGGACCCGCUGGUCCUGUUGGACCUCAAGGACCUUCUGGGCUUACAGGACCAACUGGACAACAGGGUCCGAAAGGUGAAACGGGGCCCGCGGGUCCUCAGGGGCCGACUGGCGUCAGCAUAACGGGACCUCCGGGGAAAGACGGUUUCCCAGGCCCUCAAGGACUCCCAGGAGCAGAUGGCAUACCAGGAGCCAUCGGACCUAAGGGUGACAAGGGCGAAGCAGGAGAGUGCAACUGUGUUCCUUAUUCGAUUCCACAACCUGGAAAACCUGGUGUCCCUGGUGGUCAUGGUGGGAACUCGUGGCAGCCUGGUCCUCAGGGGCCUCCAGGACCUCCGGGUCCACCAGGACCUCCAGGGCCCCAAGGAUUUACAGGGUUCCCAGGACCACAGGGUGACCCUGGCAAUGAUGGCUUACCAGGGAAACCGGGUCCGCCCGGCCAACCAAUUCCGAUCGAUAUUGAGUCUCCCAAUAACAAAAAGACGGACUGCAGCGACUGUUCCAAAGGCCUGCCAGGCGUGCCCGGUGUUCCCGACACUAAACCUGACAAGAGAGACCACGGCAAACCCGGUGUUAUUUCUUCGGACGGAUGCGAGAAGUGUCUUGAGAGGCAUCAGGAAGAAGAACCACAGAGACCUAACAUCAAUAACAGCCCUUGCCCAGGUGUUCCAGGAUCACCGGGGAUCCCUGGGCAGCCCGGGAUUAAAGGAGAUCCGGGGGACAGGGGUGAAAGAGGUCCCGCUGGUCUUCCUGGAUCCCCGGGUAAUAUUGGUUUCCCUGGUCCUCAAGGCCCCCCGGGACUCCCUGGUCAGCAAGGUGAGAGAGGACAACCGGGACAUCCUGGACUGAAAGGAGAACAGGGUCCACCUGGAAAUCCUGGAUACCCAGGCGGCAUGGGACCACCCGGUCUUUCAGGACUCAAAGGAGAACGAGGCAACCCAGGCACCAUGGGGCAGAAAGGAGAAUCGGGACCACCAGGAUUCCCGGGUCAUCAGGGAACGCAAGGCUUAGCUGGUGCCAAAGGAGAAAUAGGAAUGUCAGGACCCAUAGGACCAAAGGGAGAUCAGGGUUUCCCAGGACCACCCGGAUUUCCAGGACAGCAAGGACCUCCCGGAAGCCCAGGAAAAAUCGGCCCCGUCGGACCUCCAGGACCUAAAGCAGAUCAGGGGAGUCCAGGACUUCAGGGUGCACAGGGCUCGACGGGGCCUCCGGGACCUCCUGGAGCUCCAGGAUUGCAGGGUGCACCUGGGAUGGAUGGACUUGAUGGGAAAGAUGGCAAACCAGGGAUUAGGGGUGAGUCGGGUAUACCUGGCCCUAUCGGCCCCAGGGGAAUCCCGGGUUUCAAGGGCAUAAAAGGACAUACCGGCCUUCCAGGACUAAAGGGAGACAUUGGACCUCAAGGCCCAUCCGGAACAAUUGGAAGACCAGGACUUGAGGGUGACCCUGGUCCACCAGGGCCACAAGGACCACCUGGUGCUCCAGGACAUCUGGGUUCCGCAGGCCCCCCAGGUCCACCAGGACCAGCUGGAGCUCCUGGCACGGGUAUUAAAGGUGAUAAGGGAGAGGCUGGAGAGAGAGGGUUACCAGGCAUGCCUGGGUCUCCAGGGGCCCCUGGACAUCCAGGACAAAUGGGCGAACCAGGCAGUGAUGGUUCAGCGGGGAAAGAUGGAGCAGCAGGUCUUCCAGGAGAACCUGGUCAACAAGGACAGAAGGGUGAGGCUGGAUCCGCAGGUCAGAGGGGUCCUCCAGGAGAACGUGGACGUCCUGGGCCCCCUGGAGGAGGAGGAUAUAGCUCAAAAGACUCUGGAAUGGGACUAAUGGGACCCGCAGGUCCGCGUGGAGACAAGGGUAGCCCUGGAACACCUGGGCAGUCCGGACCUCCUGGAACACCAGGAUUACCUGGAACUGAUGCUGUCGUCAACUAUGAUGAGAUCAGGUCUUUCAUCAGGCAGCAGGUUAUCAAGGUCUUUGAUGAGCGAAUGGCCUAUUACAUGUCACGCAUGCAGAUGCCAGUGGAAAUGGUAGCACCUCCAGGCAGACCUGGACCCCCAGGCAAAGACGGCACUCCAGGAAGAGCUGGAAACCCAGGGCUACCAGGCCGUCCGGGACAGAUUGGACGAGAGGGGAGACAAGGACCUGUAGGCCCUCAAGGUCCUCCGGGCACCAAGGGAGAGAAAGGAGAUAAAGGCGUUGGAGAGAUGGGAGACGUCGGACCUCCUGGUGCUCCAGGUGUUCCUGGACCUCCUGGUUAUGGGAAAAUUGGCGCACCAGGCCCUGUAGGUCAACAGGGCAUCCCUGGUAUUCGACCACAAGGACCCAGUGGAGCAAAGGGCAAAGAUGGGCGUUGCCAUCCAUCCGACUGCAUGAGUGGACCUGUUGAUUACAGCCCCAAGGGGCCGCAAUUUAAAGGGCCCAUGUACUAGAGUUUAAGUGAGUGAGGAGGGAAAAGGGGAGGGUACAAAAAUAACCAAAUAGACAAGAGCCAAAGAUCAACAAAACCAAAUCGAAAAUGGUUUAUGGGGAACCAGUUGAGCUAAAGUUCUAAUGGAGUUUAAUAUAGUCAUGGCUGGACCAGAUUGGUUUUUAAGCUGUUUUUAAAUCCCACAAAAAUGAUUUCCCUUUGCAAAAGUGUCUGUGUCCGAUUUCAAACUUUCGCUUUACCCGAUAGUUUACGACUAAAAAAUACUAAGCUAAUAGAGUUCUCACUUCAGGACUUUACCUCUUUAAACACAUGAUCCCUCGGUUCAUUGGUUAUGAUGGAGUUUGUCUCCGUAGGUUUAACCUUUUAGCUGAUUUCACACUGUUCAGCCCGGAAAAAAUACACAAAAUUCACAGCUUUUCUACUUCUCUCCAGAGAGCUUUCGCUUCCAACAGUUUUGUCGCAACACUACCCAUUACCUAUUUUACCCAACACACAAUGUGGAACCAGCUCGAGUUUUUUUUUCAAUAGCAAAAUCCUUUUGUAAAGCCGGGUUUCCGUCGGGUUUUUCAUGGCAGCUGCUGAAUUUUACAUCACCUCCGACAAUUAAAAAAAAGGAAUCGUUUUGAAUCGUUUUUUUUUUUUUUGUUCCUCCAUUCUCCUAAGAUUAUAUAAUGUAGCUUGAUGUAAAGGCACAACCUGAGAUAUAAUUAUUCCUGUUUCCUUUGAGGCCUUGUGUUGUACAUAUUAAUAUUUAUAUGUAAUGGCUUAUUUUUUUUUUUUUUUUCUGUUUUUUGUUUUUUUAAUUGAUCAUUUUAAAUAGAUUGGCGUCAGCAUUCCGGUCGCUCAGAUUGACAGCUCGGAUAUUGUGUUAUUUUUUUUAAUAGCACUGCACAAAAAUUAGCAAAAAAUUUGUUUAUUUGUAAAUUGGUGGAAUUUAUAUUAAUUGAAGAUCGUAUUGCAGAAAAAAAGGGUCGUAUUUAUUUGAGUUUUAUGUCUCUCUCUCGCCACGACCUUGCACAUCGGCAUUCCAGACCUCCGGCCUUUUUUAGAACUCUUUACAAACUUGAAUAAAUAUAUAUAUCAAUUUUUUUUUGACAUAGUCAACCACUUUUUUGGGGGUAAAACCAGGUCAAUUUUUUCUUCUGGAUAAAGAUUUGUUUGCUUAAUGACUUACGUGUCAUCCAGGCUUCAAUGAGAGAAUUUCACCAUCAGCACUUUAUUCUUUCUGUCAGACCUUCGCAAUACGUGUGUGUGUGUGUGUGUGUGUGUGUGUGUGUGUGUGUGUGUGUGUGUGUGUGUGUGUUUCUCAAUCUGUAUAUCGAAUAGGCAGAUGUCAUCAAGUGUGUAGUUACAUGUCUAAAGAAAAUCGGUUUAGUUUUUUGAUUUAGUACUAAAAAAAAACUAAAUGUCGUGUGUGAGUCAGUACAGAAAUACAAGGGUUCUGGAAUGUGUGUGUGUGUGUGUGUGUGUGUGUUGUGGAUGGUUUGUCAGAUUCUCUCAAACCUGGGACUUAAAAGAUGCACUACAUUUACAUCAUUUGGGAGACGCCCUUAUCCAGAGCGACUUACAUUUAUCUCAUCCAUCCAGCUGAGCAGCUAUGGGGUUAAGGGCCUUGCUCAGGGGCCCAGAAGUGGUAAGCUUUGUGUGGCUGGGAUUCGAAGCCACUAAGCGACCACAUCCUCCUCUUUAUGCAAAACACAAUCCGCUUGUGUGAACAGUUUUACGGCUUCUUUCAAACUUCAACGAAAAAGCAAAUCUUUUUUUUGUUUGUUCGUUUUGUUUGUUGUUCGCUUCCAAACUUCCCAAACAGAUUCCCGCACAGUGCAUUAAUGAACGCGUCCUUUGCGUCAUCGGUGCUAACGGCGACGUCGCGAUUCUGUCAAAAAAACGAGAAUUUGACAGAAAUUCAGGAGUACAUGAUUAGGACCGUACGUCUUUUGAUUGACAGUAAAUGGCUGUUUGUCCUAUUAUUUUUGUUAUAUGCUUUAUAAUAUAAAAAAAAAGAAGCAAUUUAAUGGGAAAAAAUUGCCACCAUUACAUAUAGAUCCAUUUGUGUCGUUCAUGUGUUUGUGUGCAACUUUUUUUUCUUUUUAAAGAAAACUAGGAAAAGCAAUAAAGUUCUUUUUUUAAAGCAGA